CCGCAGUCUGGCCUGGGUGAACCUGUUCAACCUGGCUGACGUGGCCUCCUACCUGCUGGCGCUGGCGUUGUGGGCGGUGCAUGUGCGGUGCGGCUCCAUGCCCGCCAGCAGCUGGUUCAGCGGCGCACUGGCGUUGCAGCACGUGCUGCUGUGGAGCAAGCUGCACUACUACGCGCGCGUGCUGACCCCCACUCGCGGCGGCUUUAAUGACACCAUCCGCAUGGUGCUCGCGGAGAUCCGCUCCUUCCUGGGCUUCGUGGGGCUCGUCAUGAUGGGCUUCGCGUUCGCAUUCUACUGCCUGUUCAGGCAAGACCGGGAGGAGUUCUCCGACUUCUCCACCCUGUGGCACUCCUUCGCCGCCAUGUUCGCAUACAUGCUGCAGAUGUUCGACUACUCCGUGCUGUACAACUCCACGCACCCCAUCCUGGCCAUGGUGCUGUUCAUGUCGUACGAGCUGAUGGUGGCGGUGCUGCUGCUCAACAUCAUGAUCGCGCUCAUGACGGCCUCCUUCGCGCGCGUGUCGGCGGAUGAGGGGCUGCGCUACCUCAUCUACAAGGCGGAGGUUAUCGACGAGCUAGAGAGCACCCUGCCCCGCUGGCUGCUGCGGCCCGCCUGGUACCCCCACUUCGUGCACGUGCUCAAGAUCAGUCCGCGCUCCACCUACGAGAUCAACCUGAACAGCGUGUGGAGCGGCAUCGGCAGCCUGCAGUCGUCGCUCAUGAACGCACAGCAGGAGACCCGGUUGCGUGUUGAGGCGCUGGAGGGCAAGGUGGACAUCAUCGACCAGAAGCUCUCAGCGGCGGUGCGCCUGCUGGCGUCCAGGCUGCUCACGCACAGCGAGCUGGCCGCCGCGCUGUCCAUGGAGGAUGACGUGGCGGAGGCCGCCAGCGGCAGCAGCGGGGAGCAGGAGCAUCUGCUGCGGGAUCUCGAACUGUACGGCAGCGGCGGGGAGGAGGGAGAUCCGGAUCCAGAGGCUUGGCGGGAUGCCGAGCUGGAUCCGCGGCGGGACGAGCAGGAG